AGUGAUCUGCCAUGUGCGAAGGAUUAGCAGCCAAAAACGCACCUCUUCAUUUUUUCAGACCAAAUCAGCAAGCCCAUAGGGAGAGUGAGAGUCACAAUUAUCAAAUUAUUUUUUCGAUACUCAAGCAAGUGGCAACUCCCCAACCGCCACGAUGUAUUUAUCUUGCGCCAUGCCCAUUCCUCAUGACUCUAUUUUGUUAAAUUCCACUUUUGCCCCCACUCCCAUUUCAGAGCCUCGCCGCGCAUCCCAAUCCCAACGUUCUCCUCGUUUUCUUUGCUUCUCUUCUUCGUUAGGUACUCCUGCAGAUAUGGAUACUGCUGCAGGUCAAAGUCUUUAUCCAUUGCACCGUUGUAAAACUCUUCACCUGGUUAGACAUGCCCAAGGAUUCCACAAUGUAGAAGGAGAGAAGAACAAUGAUGCAUACUUGUCUUACGAUCUUUUUGAUGCAAACCUAACCCCUCUCGGCUGGAAGCAGGUUGAUAAUCUGAGAGAACAUGUUAAGGGAAGCGGUCUUUCCAAAAGAAUUGAACUAGUUAUUGCUUCCCCCUUGUUAAGGACCAUGCAAACAGCCGUUGGAGUCUUUGGUGGUGAAGCAUACUCUGAUGGGAUUAAUGUACCUCCUCUGAUGAAUGACAAUGUGGGAGAUAGUGGUCGUCAUGCAAUUUCUAGUCUGUAUUCCCCACCAUUUUUAGCAGUAGAGCUUUGCCGAGAGCAUUUGGGGGUGCAUCCUUGUGAUAAGAGAAGAAGCAUCACCGAGUACAAAAAGAUGUUUCCAGCAAUUAAUUUUUCACUGAUAGAAAAUGAUGAAGACAUUUUGUGGAAACCUGACACUAGAGAGGAGAAUGAAGAAGUUGCUGCCAGGGGGCUGAAAUUUUUGGAAUGGUUGUGGACGCGUAAAGAAAAGGAGAUAGCUGUUGUUAGCCACAGCGGUUUUCUGUUUCAUACCCUAAGUGCGUUUGGAAAUGAUUGCCAUCCAACUGUGAAGAGUGAAAUCUGCACACACUUUGCUAAUUGUGAGCUACGUUCAGUGGUUAUCGUUGAUAGAAGUAUGAUUGGAUCAGAUGAGUCCUCUACCAACUAUCCUGGCAAAAUUCCACACGGCCUUGACCUUCCUAGCGAUGUUGCUGACGAGAAACUUCCUGGGAAUGGGCACGCAAAGUAAUAGUUCCCUGCGUAAUAACUGACAGUAUGUUACAUGAGAAAAUUUUCUUCGGUUAUGUGAUUUCCUAAUUGCUUUUAUUGGUUUUACCGACGCCAAACACAGCUAGGUGCCAACUUUUUAGGAUGAAAAAAAGGACGAUGACAACUAAUACUGUGUUUUAGCAUUCAUUAAUGGCUAUCAAUUUUAUG